GCUUGCCUUUUGUCACGGCCCCAAAUAAGUUCGAAGCUCUGGCUGCUCACGAUGCUCUGGUGGAGCUAAGUGGAGCCAUGAACACAACCGCCUGCAGCCUGAUGAAGAUAGCCAAUGAUAUCCGCUUCCUGGGUUCCGGUCCUCGGUCAGGUCUAGGGGAGCUGAUCUUGCCUGAAAAUGAACCAGGGAGCAGCAUCAUGCCAGGAAAGGUGAACCCUACUCAGUGUGAAGCAAUGACUAUGGUUGCUGCCCAAGUCAUGGGGAAUCAUGUGGCUGUUACUGUCGGAGGCAGCAAUGGACAUUUUGAGUUGAAUGUUUUUAAACCAAUGAUGAUUAAGAAUGUAUUGCACUCAGCCAGGCUGCUGGGAGAUGCUUCAGUGUCCUUCACAGAAAACUGUGUGGUGGGGAUCCAGGCCAACACUGAGAGGAUUAACAAGCUAAUGAAUGAGUCUUUAAUGUUGGUGACAGCUCUUAAUCCUCAUAUAGGGUAUGACAAGGCAGCGAAGAUUGCCAAGACCGCACACAAGAAAGGAUCCACCUUAAAGGAAACGGCCAUUGAGCUUGGCUACCUCACAGCGGAGCAGUUUGAUGAGUGGGUGAAACCCAAGGACAUGCUGGGCCCAAAGUGACUUAAAUAAAUUUAUAUUAAAAUAAACUUGUAUGAAAUUUUAAAAAGCAAGACUGUUUAUAAAUGAAAAUGAGGAAGUUAAAAAGGAAAUGUGUGGACCUGAGGGUCUGUAGCAGCAAAAUUGACAAUUUGCAUGAACUUCCAGGGCCACAGUAAACUAAAUAAGUGUAAGAUUAUUUCAUAAAAUAAAAAAAAUGAUAAACUAA